AUGACAGUUCGAAUGUGGUUCAAAUUUGGAAUUAUCCGUAGUGAUGUGAAACAGUUGGUGUUAUUGUUUGUGUUAUUAUCGAUAUUGGACAAUCCUUUGACAUGUAAAGGCGAAGACUAUGACAGAGAUGCAACAAAAUUGUUCGGCGGCUAUCGAAUAACACCGACAUAUUGCAAAGCAACAAGAACAGCAAAAUACAACAGAGGUAAUACAAUAUGCAUGUUCAACCAUGAAUGCAUGCAACGUAAAGGAGAAGUGGUUGGAGCGUGCAUGGAUGGAUUCUUAUUUGGAGCAUGCUGUCAACUAAAAAGUGAUAGCCAAUCCCAUAUACCAAAAGGGCCAGGAGUUGUCAUGACAAGUUACUUGGAUUAUCCAGAUCCAGAAUCAGAAACAGCUGAUUAUGAAGCUGAACAAUUGAACGCUUGGCAUAAUAGCUUCAAACCUGUAGUAACACCAGGCUAUAAGCCUGAUAGAAAUCCAGUUUCAUCUACCAUCCAACCUGAAGAUAAAGUCAGUGAAGCACAAGAAUUAAUAUCUGAAGGAUUUAAUCAGAUUACUAAUACAUUAUUAAAUUCUCCACCCAAAAAUGACGUUUAUAUUAAACCUGAAAGACCUGGAGGAAUAUACACUCAUAGUACAAUAGAUCAUAAUAUAGCUGAUACUAUACUCUAUCAUAAGAAUGGUUCGAUUGCAGAUAAUAUUGUCAGACCUUCAGAUUUUAAUAUACAAAUAUCAUCAAUGCAAACUAAACCAACAAUUUCACCAAUGUCAACGUCAACUUCACCACCUAAGACGGUUUCAACUCAUCAUCCAAUUUAUUCAAAGCCAAUAUUCAAACCAAAGCCUUUUAAGAAAAAUACAACACAAAGUAGUACAGAAAAUUAUGUAAUGAUAUCGACGGUAACGAAGGAUAGUCAGAAAGUUCCAGAGCUUUCUUCUAUCAACAGUAUAAUACAGAUGUUGAAUGAUAGUACACCAAGUUUACAAGACGAUAUUACGUCGCCGUCAUCUGAUAUUUUAGAACAUAAAUCGUCACCCACUCCAACAUAUAAUUAUUAUGUGUCUCCAGGUCAUUUCGUAACAGUUAGACCCGGCGCUAGUGUAUAUAGCACUACUUUUGCAUACCACACAAAGAAACCAUAUACAACAAAGAAGCCAUACUUUACUACACCUAAUAGUAUACCUGAAGUAGAUAAAAUUGUAACAAAACCUCAAUAUUCUUCACCCAUACCUAGUCUUUCCACUAGUCAAGCAUAUGAAGCUUUCAGUAAAUAUCCAACGAACCCUGACAAUUUUGGACAAUCACUUACAACAUUUAGCUAUGUAAGUUCUACUACGACACCAAUGCCAACUACUACUACUAGAAAACCUCCAUCUACAAGUUACGUCACUGGAGCAAGUCCUUCAAGAAGGCCUGUAACUUCACCGUCAAGUAUUAUUUCAAGUUACGAUGCUGGAGAUACAUUCUCAAGCGUAACUCCAACUGUUAUAGUUCUAAAUGGUUUACACACUCCAAAACCAGAGACAUCUACAAAAGUGCAAGAGCCAGAGUUCGUAGAAAUUAGUCAAGAACCAUUCAAGAAGCCGGUUAGUCAAAUAACAGUAAAUAAUAAUAUUGAAUCGACGAAUAACAUAUUUGUAGGUAAACCUCCACAAAAAUACGACAGACCGUCAUCUCCUACUGUACUUAUUACUCCUAAACCAACUCCAAAUACUACACCAUACCCUGUGAAAGCAUCUACUAAACCUAUUUCUAUUACGGGCCCAACAUUUGAUUCAUACACUGAAUAUUAUUCUCCAACAACCAUACGACCUGAAUUGCAAACAUCUCCUGAUGAUUUGAUUAAUUUCCCUCCAGUUAGAAAUCCAAUGCUUAACGCAACAGGUUCAAAUCCAUUAAUGUACAAUACUAGUAUAACAUUAUCAAAUGAUGAGAUAGAAAGCUAUCACGAUUUUACAACGCCAUCAUGGCAGGAUGAUGAUAAAUUAAAUGAAAAGAUGAAUUUGUUUGUUAAUAAGAUAGUCGGUAGCCUACAAGGUACUUUCCAAGAAUUACACGACAUUGUAAUAUUAGAUAAAAAGACAAACGCUACAUCGAUAAAUACUAGAACAACUACGCCGAAACCUACUAGAAAACCUCCAGUUACGACAAGAAAACCAGUCAGAUUGACAACGACGACUAGAAAACCGAUUAGAUUGACAACUACAACCAGAAAACCGGUGAGAACUACAAAGAAACCUACGAGAUUGACGACAAUAGCUAGAAGAACUACUACCAUUGCUCCUCAGACAACUACUCCUAAAAAACCGGCGACCACCACGAGAAGGGCCAAACCGACGAAGAAGGUGACAACUACACAACCAACCACCACCAUCACGGAGCAAGCUGAUGAAAUCACGACAGAACCGUACCGCGACACUACCAUAGACUACAACGACAAAAAUCUGUGUGGUGUCCGACCACUUGUCAAGUCAGGUCGGAUCGUCGGCGGCAAGAACGCAGAAUUCGGUGAGUGGCCCUGGCAAGUGUUGGUCAGGGAAUCAACAUGGCUGGGACUAUUCACGAAGAAUAAAUGCGGUGGAGUACUGAUAACGAACAAAUUCGUGACAACUGCAGCGCACUGUCAGCCUGGAUUCCUGGCCUCCCUAGUAGCAGUCUUCGGGGAGAAUGACAUAUCAGGAGAUAAGGAACCCAGAAGACCCAUCUCUAAGAACGUGAGACGUGUGAUCGUACACCGGCAGUACGAUGCUGCAACCUUCGAGAACGAUCUCGCUCUGCUCGAAUUGGAAACGCCUGUUAAGUUUGAUGCACAUAUUGUACCAAUAUGCAUGCCACCGGACGAUUCUGACUUUACCGGACGAAUGGCAACAGUGACGGGUUGGGGACGACUGAAGUACGGCGGGGGUGUGCCGACUGUGUUACAAGAAGUCCAGGUGCCUGUGAUAGAAAAUGCCGCAUGCCAGGAGAUGUUCUUGACCGCUGGCCACUUCAAGAAUAUCCUCAAGUCCUUCAUAUGUGCAGGAUAUGCGAACGGAGAGAAGGAUUCUUGUGAAGGUGACAGUGGUGGUCCACUAGUUCUGCAGCGGGAUGACGGCAGAUGGCAGCUGGUUGGUACCGUAUCGCACGGCAUCAAGUGCGCUGCUCCCUACCUUCCAGGAGUCUACAUGAGGACUACAUUCUACAAACCCUGGCUGAAGAGUGUCACUGGUGUACAUUGAUGAUAUCGUUACCAUCUUUAUGUAGUAUUUGAUACACGAGUCAGUCAAUUCCUUUGCCGAUGUUACCAAUACAGUCUUUAAAAAAUAAUUAAGGGGCUAUUCAUAAAUUAUGUCACACAUUUUAGGGGCAGAAAGGGGUCGAGAAAGAAUGACAUUUUGUGACAAGGAAUGGAAAGUGUCCUAAAUAUCGCAUUUAGUCAUGUCACAUUUCAAAGUAUUAAUACACUAAUAUUGAAUCAUUAAUUACGCCGACUCCAAAUAAAUGGGAUAAGGAAGAAGCAAAUGGUGAUUGAAUCAUUAAUAAAAACUUAAAUAUCUUAUUAAGGAUAUUAACUUUUUAUUAAUGAUUCGUAGAAAAAAUUUAUACCCGGUUUAGUAGAGCUAAAUUGCAAAAGAUGGUACGUCACACUAGGGAGGGUACUAUCCCCAAAUGUGACCAGGUGUCCCAGGACGGGAGAGGGGUCAGGUAAUCGUGAAAUGUGUGUGAGAUAAUUUCGGAAUGAUCCCCAAUGACUAUUUGUAACUUCAAUAGGGUUGAAUACCUGAGGAAAGAAGACUUUUGACGUUAUUGUAUUAGUAUCAAAAUGUCUUUAAUUUCGUUGACUUAUGAAAGAAAUGGCUGUACAAGCUAAGACACUUU